CGCUUCCCCAUAACUUGAACUGGCACAGUUUGGCGAUUCGCAGCUCGGCAUAGCAAGAACGACUUUCCCGCCUCAAACACCAACAAAGCUCAAUCAAACAUGGGUUGCGAUGGCGGCUCCAUUCCCAAGCGAGACGAACUCGUCCGGGUCAAAAAAGCCGCCGAACGAGCCGACCCACGCAUGCAACUCAUAGUCAACUGGUUCUUCUGCGCCCUUUCCAAACAACCGCUGACCCAACCCGUCGUCGCCGACGCACUCGGCAAGCUCUACAACAAAGACGCCGUCCUGGAGUACCUCCUCAACCGCGGCGGGUACGGCGACGGCGACCUGAUAUGCAAGCACAUUACCUCGUUCAAGGACGUCACCACGCUCAAUUUGACCCUGAACGAGUCGUACACGGCCGAAGCGGAUCUGUCGAAGAACUCGGCGACGGUGUUGGGGAAUAUUGACGAGAAGCCUAUGACGUCGCGGUUUGCGUGUCCCAUUACCGGGAAGGAGAUGAACGGGAAAUCGAAAUUCUCCUACCUGGCGACGUGCGGGUGCGUGAUGGCCGACCAGGCGCUGAAGAAUGUUCCGACCAACAACUGUCUGAAGUGUAAUUUGCCGUAUACGGCCGACGAUGUAGUGCCGGUGAACCCGACCGACGAGGCUGUCAUUCAGGGGCUGCGGGAUCGGAUGGAGUUCAUGAAGGAGGCGAGGGCGAAAAUUGCUGAGGAGAAAAAGAAGGCUAAGAAGGAGGCGAAGAACAAGAGUAAGAGUGGGGAGGGGUUGGAUAUCAAAGCAAUUGAUGCGAACGGGGACGCAAUUGCAGAGGCAGCAAAGACGAGCAGCGGGAGUGAUGGGGAUGACAAGCACGCUGCGACCAAAAAGCGGAAACGGAGUAAGAAGAAUCGCCAGGACGGCGCUGACGAUGACGACGACGAGUAUGCGUUCGGUGGGCAGGUCAAGAAGGCGGCGAGCAACAUCAAUAUGGCGCUGCCGAAUCUUAACGAUCGCUCUGUUUUACCCAGUGCCAUGAGGGUGCAGAGCGCGGCUAUCAAGAGUCUGUACAGGAAGGAUGGCCCAGUUGAGGAACCAAACUUCCUGGUUAGGGGCACGUUCAACCGUUUUGCGGCUGGUUUCUGAGAGGCUAUUCCCUCUCCAUUGUGCCUUAGUGGCUUACGCUCCAUACCAUCAUGUAUACUGUAAAUACAAUUUUGUCUCGGAAAAUUAGAAUAAAUCGAUCAUCUUUUGCUCAAAAA